GCAGAGGGCAGCAGCGCUGACCUCCUGCGCAUUGCAUGCUGGGAGCCGUGCGGACGCCCUGGCAACGAGCUGAAGAGAUAAACAACAUCCGCCCUGCCUGUAUGCGCAUCGGCCGGUCCUGACUGAUAUCACACAUCUGAAGUGCGCCUCGAUCCGGAUCUAAGAUGGACAACCUGCCAACGGGAGAGCUGCGGUGUCUGAAAAGGAGGGUGAAGGGCUGCACUCUGGAUGUCCACCCGACUGAGAAAGCCCUGGUCGUUCGCUACGAGGUGGAGGCGACGAUCCUGGGGGAGCUGGGGAGCCUGAUGGUCGGACAACGCAAAGAGUGCCAGAAAAUGAUUCGUCUGAAGAGCUUAAACGCCCAUACAGAUACGUCCUCCUUGGCCCGGAAGGUGGUGGAGGAAUGUCGGCUGAUCCACCCAUCGAAGCUCCGAGAGGUGGAGCAGCUGCUCUUCUAUUUGCAAAACCGCAAACAGUCAAACGACAACCAGGAGAAGAAACGAAUCUCACCUCGAAACUUCACGCCUUGCGUCGGAGUGGAGCUGGACGAGGAGGCGAGCAUCAGCAGGAUAGAUGAGUACGUUGAGCUGCUGUAUGAGGACAUCCAGGACAAGAUCAGAGGAGCCACGCUCAUCUUCCAGCUGACUCGGAACCCGGUUAACCUGGAGGAACUCGUGCAGAACGAGACGGCCCUGGGAGCCCUGGCCAGAGUUCUGAGGGAGGACUGGAAGCAGAGCGUCGACCUGGCAACAACCAUCACUUGUGUCUUCUUCUGUUUCUCCAGUUUCUCCCAGUUCCAUGGCCUGGUCACGCACUUCAAGAUUGGGGCCCUGUGCAUGAACAUCAUCGAGCAUGAGCUGAAGAGGUAUGACCUCUGGCAGGACGAACUGCAGAAGAAGAAGAAGGCCUAUGAAGAAUCCUCUGAGAAGCACAACCUGAAGAAAGAACAUGAGAAGUCUUUCAGGAAGUACCAGAGCCUUGUGACCAAGCAGGAGCAGCUUCUCAGAGUUGCUCUGUGUCUGCUGCUGAACCUGGCUGAAGACCCCCAGACAGAGCUGAAGAUGAGGAACAAAAACAUCGUCCAUAUGUUGGUGAAGAUCCUGGACCGGGAGGAUGAGGAGCUGCUGCUGCUGGUGGUCUCCUUCCUCAAGAAGCUCUCCAUCUUCCUGGAGAACAAGAAUGACAUGACUGAAACGUUGGCUGUGGAGAAGCUGGCUCGGCUGCUUCCCUGCGAGCACGAGGAUCUCCUCAGCACCUCCCUGCGCCUGCUGCUCAACCUCUCCUUCGACAUGUCGCUGCGCAGCCAGAUGGUCCAGGCAGGACUCGUUCCCAAGCUGUCCGCCCUGCUCGCUGACGAGGCCCAGAGGCAGCUCAGCAUGUGCAUUCUGUACCACAUCAGCAUGGACGACAGCUUCAAGUCCAUGUUUGCUGACACAGACUGCAUACCACAGCUGAUGAAGAUGGUGUUUGACUGUGGGGAGGAGAAGAUGGAUGUUGAGCUCAUAUCACUUUGCAUCAACCUGGCUGCUAACAAGAGUAACGCUCAGGUCAUCUGUGAAGGUAACGGUCUGAAGAUGCUGAUGAAGCGUGCUGUGAGGCUGAAGGAUGUUUUGGUGAUGAAGACGAUCAGAAACAUUUCUCAGCACAGCGGACCCACCAAGAGCCUCUUCCUGGACCACAUUGGCGACCUGGCAGCUCAGAUCAAUGAGGAGGAGGCCGAGGAGUUUGUGAUCGAGUGUCUGGGCACUCUGGCCAAUCUGAACAUCCCCGACCUGGACUGGGAGCUGGUCCUAAGGGAGUACAACCUGGUGCCUUACCUGAAAGACAGACUCAAACCAGGUUCUGCUGAGGAUGACCUCAUUCUGGAGGUGGUGAUCAUGAUUGGCACCGUGUCCAUGGAUGACGCUUGUGCAGCCAUGUUGGCCAAGUCUGGCAUCAUUCCUGCUCUCAUUGAGCUACUCAACGCCCAACAAGAGGACGAUGAGUUUGUGUGUCAGAUUGUCUACGUCUUCUACCAGAUGGUCUUUCACAAAGCGACCAGGGACGUCAUCAUCCAAGACACACAAGCUCUGGUGUACCUCACUGACCUGAUGCACGAUAGCAACGCGGAGAUCCGGAAAGUCUGCGACAACACACUGGACAUCAUCGCUGAGUACGACGAGGAGUGGGGAAAGAAGGUCCAGACUGAGAAGUUCCGCUGGUACAACAGUCAGUGGCUGGAGAUGGUGGAGAACCAUCAAAUGGAUGAAGCAGGUGACAUGUUCCUGUACGGGGAGGACGGAGAACCCUUCAUCGGGAACGGAGACAUGCUGGAGAGACCUCACCUGUUCUACAGUGCUGAUCCAAUCAUCUCAGCAGACGGUGGCAUCAGCCCUGACUUCUACGCCGACUUCCAGAACAGAGAGCUGGGACGGGCUGGAUUCAUGAGCAGUGUGUCGGAGCACUUUGUCCCGGCGGAUCGAGCCGUCAGCGCCUACGGCUUCCGCCCUGACGAUCAGUUUUUCUACAGCGCUGCCUCCCGGUAAACAGAAGCUCUCACACAUCACAUCAGCGUCACUUUCCUUUUUGUUGAUGCAGCACCAAAAGUCUUCUGUCCUCUUUGAAUUCAGGGAAAACUCGCACAUGUUGAGAUGAAUUCGUGAAUAAGAGUUUAACGUAGGCGUUGCUGAACUGUGUUUGUGUCCGAGUCUGCCUCGUGUCCCUACUCGAGUGUUACUAACAGACUUGUCCUCUGUGAACCGGUCCGCGUCACGGGCUGCAGUGCGGCUCAGUGGUUCCCAGCUUUGUCACGGGUCAUCAUCUUCAACCAGAAACCGAAUGUUUUCUGUCUCAGGUUGUUGGAAGGACUUCUCGAGUCUCUGGAGGAGAAGAAAGUCUCCUCAGUUUGAGACCUCUCUCGUUUAUCUUGUGUCCCUGAGAGGGCCACCCCCCACAUGUUGGAAACCACUGACUUGUGCAUCAUGCAACACGUGGCUGUGUCAUGUAACUCUGCCUAAGGAUGCUUUGGUCCCUCUUUGUGCUAACAGGUCUGGAACACUGGAAUAAAUUAGCUUUCCCACUG